AUGCUACCUUUAACACUGCUUCGAACGGCGGUUUACCAUCCUAUGUUGGUAGAAUUGAAGAAUGGUGAAACAUACAAUGGAAAUUUACUAAGUUGUGACAAUUUUAUGAAUAUUCAUUUACGUGAUGUUAUAUGUACUUCAAGGGAUGGUGAUCGUUUUUGGAAAAUUCCUGAAUGUUAUAUUCGUGGUAAUACGAUAAAAUAUCUACGAUUACCCGAAGAUAUUCUUGGACUUGUUAAAGAAGACGUCAAUGAAAAACCAUCACGUUCUGGAUCAUCAAAUCGACGACCAUUUCGUGGCCGUGGUGAUGGUGGACGUGGAGGAUAUGGUGGCCGAGGUGGAGGAGGUGGUGGUGAUCAACGUAAUAAUUAUAAAGGUAGUGGUGGAGGUCGUGGUGGACAUCAAGGUUCACGCGGUGGUGGCCGUGGUGGUGGUGCUGGCGGCGGUGGUCAACUACGUCAAGGACGAUAA